ACAAAUAUUUCUAACUGAGCAACUCUAUGACUUGUGGCAUUACUAUUGAUUGAGUGGUUUCUCUCUGAACCACUAUUUUCUCUGAUUCUUUUAGUAAGCGAUGCACAACCACAGCUACAAGUUCAGCUUCUUGGUUGGCUGGUGUUGCCUGCUAUCCAUCUCAGUUGUGAUUAUGGUCGCAGUGAUUGCUAAAGGGAGCAAUCAGUGGAAAGAAACACCAUCAGAAGGGGUGGCUCCUGAAGUAGAUAACGCACAUAUUGAGAAAACCUAUGCAGAUCCUGGACAGAGCUCAGUAAACCACAUCCAUCUUGUGUGGGGAAAUGAAACAUCACCAUGGAGACACAGCUCUUUAUGUUUCUGCUCUAACACCACCCUCCUCCUCCAAAAAGACUUAGUCAUAAUUUCAACCGAAGGAUUUUACUACACGUACGCCCAGGUCACCUUCAUGGAAGCACACAAGGGAACAAUGACUUUGGUUGCAAACGAGAAUGUCCCUGGCAAAGCAGUCCGGAAACUGAGUGAGGCUGAUGGAGGCGGCACGGUGUCUAUGUCAACGGUGAUCCUUCUGAGAAAUGGUGACAGUCUGAAACUGAACAUCUUGCCGCAGUCUUUAAUACUAAGGGAUACUUCAAAAACAUACUGGGGUCUCUAUCGGCUUCCUGAACAAAAGGACAAAUAAAUACAUGACAAGCUCCUAAUUGCUCCUCAGGAAUUAUAAUACUGAAUCAGACAGAUCUUAUAUCUGUGUGUCUUUAGCAGCACUUUAGUUGAAUGUUCUAGUAAGGCUUGAGUAACCUCUAUAUAUCCUAAGGCUUCUGUGUUUUAUGCUAGCUAGGUCAGAGUUAUAAUGAGUGUUCACUCUCUUACGCAAACUCUCACUGACCUCAUCUAUAGGUUACUAGAAGCAGAUGUCACACUUGCUCAAGGAAUGUAUUCAGUAAUGAAAAAUUGCUGAAGAUACUGAAGAUUCUGGAUCUCAGUAGUUUCCAGUGUCUAUCUGACAAUAACGCAUGUAUAUUUAAUACACAAUGUGCAGAUCCAGCCAUUUUAAGUAUCCAAAUUGUGAUUACUGUGUCAUUGAGGCACAUCUCAUUGAGACAAUCCUCUGUAUUGUCCUGUGUUUUUUUGUUUGUUUGUUUGUUUUUCAUUUUUUUGCUCUUGUGAUUCCAGCAUUUGAUUCCUUGACUGUUCUCAGCCCUUUGUGGUACUAUAAAAUCUACACUGAAUGCUGUUUGCUUUGCUUGUAUGAAGUGUCAAAAUACUUUUUUAGGAAGAUUUUUUUUUUAUGUAUACUUAAGAUGUUUUAAGUGUAAAUGAUAAAUUGGUUAUUUAUGAGGGUUAUUUAAAUGAAUUAAGC